AUGGGCUGCCAGCACUCGAAAACGAGCGACGUCAUCGAAGGAAAGAGGACAGAGCCCCCGGCGAUCGAUGCGAGCGGCAAGACGUCGAUGGACAUUGUCAAUAGUGAGAUCGUUGCCGAUGAGAUGAGCAAGAGCGUCCCACCCGUCGAGAAGCAUGACGAUCGGACUGUCGUCGCACACGGACCAGAGGUCGCGAUUACAUCCCCCGUAGCAGCCCCAGCUCACGAAGGAGACGAGGCACUGACCAAAGCAAAACAACAACAGGCACAUGCAGAGACUGGUCCAGAACCCAAUGUCACGAACGCGUUGCUGCCUGUUGCUACUACAGUGCCAGUGCAAGACGACGCAACACCUGUUGGGGUCGUUGGAACUGACACAGAACCACUCGUCGCGUCUGAGACCACUGUCGAGCAGGAGGUGGCAGUACCACAGGACCACACGUCGCUUCUUGAGCGCGAAAAGGCCGUCGUGACGAGCGCAAGUGCGUCUCCACCUGUCUGGACGUUUGUCGCCGAGACCAUCAGCUUUACAGUCGGCGUCGCGUAUUACAACAUCUCUGGGUCCACUGCCGAGGGCGACGAGGUGCUGCUGACCAAACGGUACUCGGAGUUUAAGCUCCUGCACGCCGAGAUGACCAAAGUCAUGACCGCAAUUGAACUGCCGCGUCUCCCGGGCGCGUCGUUCCUGCAAGGCCGCAAUGACAAGACGCUCUUGCGCCAUCGCGAGGCAGCGUUCGUCCAGAUGCUCAACGCGAUCGCCCAGCACCCAGACGCGUCCACCAGCGCUUCGUUCACGGCCUUUUUGGCCUAG